AUGGCUCAUCCAACUUUGAAAGUGUACGAUUCGUCCAGGGCAGGUGGUAGAGUAGGGUUCGGUAAGAUUUUAGAAUUAGAGGGGGCGGUUUUUCACAUUGGUCGCAUACACAAGGUAGACGAGGAAACUCGGUACUACUGGCAGUGUUCGUUCCGUAAUCCUCGAUGUAACGCUCGCGUCAUUACCUUCGUGUCUUCUACGGGCGAACACGUCGUUCGGAAAUACUCCAACCUGCACUGCCACACCGUCACCGGAGCUGCCGCGGAUGUUCGCCGUACGAAGAGUGUUCUCAAAAGCCUCGCUUCGAGUUCAACUAAGUCCACGUCCGAAGUCAUAGACAUUGUCCGCUCCUCUAUCCCAGCGCCUGUUCAGGCUAUGCUCCCGUCGAAGGCAUCACUCCGUCGAAACGUUCAGCGAGCAAGAAAAGCGAGCCAUUCUCUUCCAGCAGAACCCCAAAAUCUACUUGAAAUUGAGAUUCCGGAAGAAUUCCAGCACAUCAUGUGUCGGGAUAUCAAUGGAGGCCCAGAUACCAAGUCUGGUUUUGUCUUUGUCGAUACUGGGGUCGCUGCGGGAGACAAUCGCAUAUUGGGCUUCAGUAGUGAAAGUCUUCUUGACUGUCUUCGAGGAUCACGGCACUGGUUGAUGGACGGCACUUUUCAAGCUUCGCCCAAAAUUUUCUACCAACUUUUCGUCGUUCACGCUCAAUGGUCAGGAACGCACACCUCGGUCCCCUGCUUCUUUUUCCUCCUUCCAAACAAGACUGAGCUUACGUACACCUACGCCUUGUCUGAACUGAAAUCCCUCCUCGGUGUCUCGCCAGAUUCAGUCAUGGUUGACUUCGAAAAAGGACUUCACAAUGCUCUUGAGGAUGUCUUUCCAGGGGUAGAAGUGUCGGGUUGUUUCUUUCAUUUGUCGCAGUCCAUUCGUAAGAAGACAGGAGAUUUGGGGCUCAUCUCACAGGUGAGAGACGACGUCGAAUUGCGGCAACUUUGCGCGAUGAUCCGAUCGAUUGCCUUCCUUCCGAUCAGCGAUGUUCCGGAUGGGUUCGCCUACGUGAAAGCCAAAGUCGAAAAUCGGGCGCCUGCGCUUCAACCUCUUCUUGAGUACUUCGAGAAUAUCUACAUAGGUGAACCGACUCGAGGACGUCGUCGUUGUCCUUUGUUCAGACCGGAGGUGUGGAACGUGAACCAGAGAACUCUUCUUGGCCAUCCGCGAACCAACAACAGCGUUGAGGGCUCUCACAAUCGUCUUAAGUCGUUCCUGAACGUGAACAAGCCAGGCUUCUUUGUUCUUCUCCACAAGCUGCAAUCCUACUUGCAAUCAAUCGAAGCGGAUCUGAUAGAUUUGAAACAAGCCAAAACUCUGGGCAAGGUGAGCGUAACAUGGCAAACAUUAGAAAACAAAAAAAAAGCGGCCCUCGAACUUUAUGACAUUGACAAAGAUUUGCCGCAGCUUAUGACAGUCCUAGCCACUUAUUUAGGCUUUUUGUAAAUAAUGAUUUUCCAAUAAAAAUGCAUAAGCAAAUAUUUAUGUAAAUAUUUCUAUGAGUAUUUGAAAAAACGAAAAAAAUUUUUUCCUUCAUCUUCAUUUUUAUAAAAAAUAAAGAUAUUAAAUCAAAAUUUAACCUUAAUACAUAAUCCGAGCCACUUCUUUAGGCUUUUUGAAAAUAAUAACUUGCAUAAGCAAAAAUGUAUAUAGAUAUUUCAAAGAGUAUUUAAUUAAUAUUUACUAAAAAAAAAACAAAAAAAAAUGCUUUGCCCCACCUGUAACGUCCCCGUCGUGCAAAGCGGAAACGGAUGAAAAGUCCGGCUAAUGACAGGUCUGAUAAUAGAAAAAAAAAUAAUAAAUACAUGAAAAAUUAUGAGAACCCUCUAGGCAAAAGCAUAAAAAGCAUUAUGUGAAAAGUCGCUUUAUGUGAAACGUUAUUAUGUGAAAAGUCGCAUUAUGUGAAUCGUCAUUAUGUGAAGAGUCGUAUUAUGUUAACUGUCGGGUUAUGUGAAAUGUCAUUAUGUGAAUUGUCGUAUUAUGUGAAAUGUCAUUAUGUGAAAUGGCAUUAUGUAAAUUGUCAUUAUGUGAAAUGGCAUUAUGUGAAAUGUCGUACAUUCCAAAUUGAAUUGAAAAAGAUUCGUCGGAAAGGUGGCCGUCGGAAAGUUCCCUAGCGAUAUGAAAAAAUCGGAAAAGUCGUCGUUUAAAUUUUCGCUGGUGUUUUUUUCAUACCACCAAAAAAGGAAGUUUGAAAUUCUCCUCCGAAGACUUUUGCAAUAUAAUAUAGUGGCUGGCAAGGAACAUCAAAAGACCUUCAAUCAGAUGCUUCCAAGCUUCUUUCUCUCAUUUCGAAGUAGAAGUUCGACCCAACAAAUUUUUCUCAGACCGUUGAACAAGGUUUCUUCUAAGCUGUUUAUUAAAAAUUAAAAUAAAUGAAGAUGGGGGAAAAAACUGCGGUGGAGUGGAUUGAAAAGCCGUUGCUUUUUUUGGUCAUAACCUUUUUUUCUUCACUUGGACAAUUCCUGAAAGUAUUCAAUACUUCUCUCAAUGUGAAGGGAUUCAACUCACCUCGAUACGAAAAACCACGGGACCCACAGAUGAAGACGAAAAUGCCUCCUCUGUAAAUUCCGCCGAUUACAGUGAAAAAAAUUUCAAAAAAUGGAAGAACCGAAAUAACUAGAGUUUCGCAAUAAUCCAUCUUUUUACUAAUUUCUGAGAUUCUUCAUAUAUGCAUCUUGAUUUUUAGCAUAAAUAACAAAAAGAAAAAUGCUUUUUUUCGCUUUCCAAUCGAGAUGUAGCGAAAUGAGUAAUAUCUAAUUGCUAACUAAGAAGAAGAAAAUAUCUUUUUGGGUUCAAUUCAGGACUCUAUAAUGCAGCUCUGAGCUAUGUUUCAGAUAACUAUCAGAAUUUCCGUCUUCACUGUCAUUGUGAAGUUGAUUCAAGAUCGAUCACCUCUGAGCCUUUCAACUCACAAGACUACCAAUGAGCCAAAUAAAUGUUCUAAGGGGUCACUUAAGUAUUUGGUGCUUAAAAACAAGCUGAGAGCUGAGUCGUUUAGGCAAGAAGUAGCAAAGUGGCGUCUUUAGGGAACAUUCGAGUAUCUCAAACCACACAAAGAUGCUUUCAUGGAAGAUUCAAAGUGUCCCUUUAACAAGAAUGACUUUUUAACUUCGCUACUUCAUGUCCUGCCCCUUUGGGUUCACAAGAAAAUAGUUGAAGUAAUACCUGCGGCUCUUCUUUCGAUCGCCUUCUUCCCACGAGACGGGUGGCCUUUUUCCAAGACGUUCUUCAUUCGCUUGAGAUAGAAGAUAGGAAUAAACUGUUCGUGGACUCAACUCGUCGCGUUGAAUUUUUCUCCCACUCGUCAUUUUCUUAAACUUUGGGAUCUCGGUUGUUCUCAAGUUCAAUUUUUCUUUUUCUACUCCGCAAUGAUAAAAUGAUUCAGACUACUUCGGAACUGUAGAAAGGCGCAUUGUCGACAAUUCUAAUCACAUGAGACUAUUAAACCCCAAAUUUAAAAAGGUUUUAGGAUAGAAAUCUGAAAAGUAAACCCAUUAAAUAGCUGCGAAAACUGAAGCCAAAAAGUUCGAGAUUACGUAUAAAUCAAAAUCUACGAGGAUUCGAUAGAGCACACUGCCAACAACUGGUAGAUGUAUUUCUAUUUGAAAAAAUUUUCAAAUUCAAUUUUUUGUUAUAUUGUGAAGUAAUGCCCCUGGCAGAGGCCGGAGACGCAGGAGAAGACCGCCCCCUACCUGUACAAGGCAGGGACGACUUUCAACUGGGUCGAAAUCCUCCCGGCCUGA